AUGACGAAGCUCCCCGUAAACGCCUCGAUACCAAAUCUCCGGGAAAUAACGGGGUUUCUAGUAAUCUAUGACCUCAUGGGUUUGGAUGGGCUGGCCACUCUUUUUCCUAACCUAACUGUCAUCCGUGGACGAUCAUUGAUUUCUAAUUUUGCUCUUGUCAUUCGCAGUACCUCUCUGAAGACAAUCGGUCUACCCUCACUCCGCGUGAUUCAGCGUGGUGGAGUGCGUGUUGACUUGAACACAAACCUGUGCUACGUGCGGACUGUGAAUUGGUCCUACAUUCUGGGCGAUCAGACAGCGGCGGCUGCCCCGGUUCGCUUGUUGACAAAUCGUCUCAUCUGCCCAGACACAUGUCAACCCGAGUGUGCGGCCUCCACGCCGGAGGCAAUAAGUUUAACUGAACUGAAAGGCACUUCUCGUGAAAAGGAUGCCAAACUGGGUCACUGCUGGUCGUCGUCUUACUUCUGCUCUGCAAACUGCACAAGUCGUGGCAUCGCAUGCCGAAUGGACAAUACGCAGCUUUGUUGCCAUAAAGAGUGCCUUGCCGGCUGUUACGGCCCUGGUCCAGAGGCAUGUGUGGCUUGUAAGGGGGCUCUGCACCGUGGAGUUUGCGUUUCCCAAUGCCCUCCAACCACCUAUCUCUUCCAUGGACGUCGGUGCGUGACUGCGGCAGAGUGCCUCAAUAUGAGCAGUACCUACCGUCUUCCUCAUGUCGCAGGCAGCAGCGGAAGCAGCUCUGCCGGUUUUGCCGCCUCAGUGACAGUCAACACCACGGCAACUGUAGCCACCACCGCUAUUCGCCAGUUCGCUAUCCAUCAGGGUCGCUGCGUUCCUGACUGCCCCUCAGGUAAUCAGCGCGACGAAGUCAGUGGGCGGUGUGUGCCGUGUGGCGACGAGUGUCCGAGGAUUCGAUGUCAUCAUAUGCUAAUAAGCAGUCUUAAGUCACUGUCCAAACUGAAGGACUGCUUCUCUGUGACCGACCUCUACAUCUCCAUUCAUGAGGGCGAUACGGUUCUGAUACAGCAGCAAUUCGAUGAGGCUUUUUCGAGUCUGCGGGAGGUUGAAAGUAUCAGGGUUGUUCGGGCAACAGCUCUCACUUCUCUUGCCUUCCUCCGCCACGUCAAACGCAUCAACACCAUUCCUAAUUCCUCGCCCAACGUGACAGUGAUAGAGAUAAGAGGCAACGAUAACCUGCUGGAAUUGUGGCCUCCGCCAACGAGGAACCAGACAGGCGGACUUCAGGUGGUGUCAGAAGGGCUUGUGCAUUUCAUCCUCAAUCGCUACCUUUGCCCCAAGAAGAUCACGGACUUGGUGAGGACGGGCGCUCUGACGCUGCCCGGUGGGCGCAACUUUCGUAUAGAGGAGCUCGAACUCGCUGAGGCUACCAAUGGCAAACUCGGCUUCUGUGAGACUACACAAAUCUCGCUUGAAUUGAAGGAUGUCUUUUCCUCGACUGUUGCCAUCCAAUGGCCACGUUUCUUUGACAACCGCACAACUGGCCAAGCAGCUUCCACUCUGGUGUUGGUCUUCUUCCAGGCUACAACAAAAAAUUUGACCGUCUACACGAAUCGACUCUCCUGCGGCGAUGAUUCAUGGAAGAUGAUUCCUUCGAUUUGCAACACCUCUACGAUACGUGAAGUGAAAGGAGAGAAUGUUGCCUUUUGCAGCAAAAUACUCACUGACCUCCAACCAGCUACUCGCUAUGCCGUCUAUGUUGAGUCUAAAACGCUUUUUAGUCAGCGUGGGGCGAUUAGCAAUAUCGUCUACUUCACCACGAAUCCUAGUAACCCGUCGCAUCCACGUCUGGAGAGGUUGCAAGCGUUAAAUGACUCAAGGAUUUCCGUUAGGUGGUCACCGCCUCAGUACAACAAUGGCCUCUUGGCCGUGUACCUUCUCUGGUUCCGUUCUAUUCACAUCGAUCCGGAGCCCUAUCUUUACCGAGACUUCUGUUUUUUGACACCUGAUUGGCUUUCUUCCGCGAUCACGCCCUCUUACCAUGUUGGAACGUCUCGUUUAACUGGAAUUUACUGGUCACACAUCAAGUCCUACCCUGAUCUCUGUUCGGAUCGACGCCGCAGUUCUCCUGCCUCCCACGAGAGUCUUUGGAUGGUUGACGCGCAUGAUGACCCUCUCCCAGUGGUCUUUGGCAAUCGUCUUUCGCGAGUAUUGCAAGAUGGCGAGGUGGGGCUGUUUGUGCUGAACGUGGUUGAGGACGGUGAAAUUUACGAUAACGGCAUCAGUGUCGUAGUCCAGGCUGGGAAAAAAUCCUUCACUAGCACUCUCUCCCAUCUUCGCAGUUUCUCGCAAUACAUUGUUGAACUGCAAGCCUGUCAGAAACCAUGUGACAACUCAGAUUUCCCUUGGACUGGUUUGAUGAAACCCGAAUCGGGUGUGGAGAUAGAACUGACGGAAAGAUGGAAUAACUAUUUAUCGCAUUAUUGCAGUCACAAGGUCUUCAAGACUCAAAGAACUCUUCCUGCUGCUGGAGCGGACAGCGUGAACUUCGAGAGUAUCAGAUCAGAGCAAGAUGCUGCGGGAACGGUCUAUGUGUCAUGGGCAGAGCCGGCAAACCCUAACGGUGUUAUUCUCUACUACGUGCUCCGCUACAGACGAGUCGAACAAGCCCCCGCACUCAAGGCAAGCGCUACUAAAACUCCAAUCUUGCGGCAGAAUAAGUCAGAAUCCAAAAAACCGGUUCCCGAAUCAGAGUUGUCAUCAGAUUCGACAGUCUGGUCGACGCUGUGCGUCACAAGAGCCAGCUGGCAAUUGGCAGGCUUUCCAGGAAACGGAGCAGGCAUAGGAGGAAACGGAGGGGCAUUUGGCGGAAGAGGUGGGGGGCUACUAGGUGGAAGUGGGACAAAACGCCACAUGCGCUCCGUCGUCACAACGCCUCUUGAGGAUUCUCGUCUUUUUCCUGGCGGAAACUUCUUAACGAUGGCUUCAUUCUCACAGCAGCCCAAUUCGAGCCUCGGCGGAGCCGAACUUCUCAACCUUCUUCCCGGUUUCUACGAGCUGCAGAUCAUGGCGGUUUCACUGGCGGGCAAUAGCUCGUGGACGCCGCCAUUAUUGUUUGAGGUCACUACUUCCCCUAUUGACACGAUAAUAACGGUGACCGCAAUAUGUGUCUCGGUGGUGUCCGUGCUCUUGGCUCUGGUCAUCGCUUGCAUAAUACAUCGCAUUCGAAAGAAACGUUUGAUGGACAGUGAGUGGAAUUCGCCUAACCCGGAGUACUGGCACGUUUACGAGGUGGACGAUUGGGAAAUGCAGUUAGAGGACAUCGACACUCUGAAUUUCCGUCAUCCUCUUGGGCGCGGCAACUUUGGCAUGGUGUAUCGGGGAUUUGUGAAAACGCUUCGCACUCCCGCCCAUUGCUUCUAUACCGAACCCCAUAAUAUUCCUGCUGCCAUCAAGACGCUUUCUUCUGCUUGUACUGUAUUCGACCGUCGCGAUUUUAUCACGGAGGCCUGCUACAUGAAGCAAUUCCAGAGUUUCCACAUUGUGAGACUCUUUGGCAUCGUGAGCAAGUGCUCCCCAUCCUCUGCAGUCCCUGCUGCUGCCAGAACCUUUCUCAGUGGUGGAAGUGGAAGUGGCAGCGGUGGUGGUGGUGAUGGCGGUGGUGGUUUUAGCGCGGCGCAGACGAAGUUUCGCUUCAGUUUGUUUCGUCUCUUUGGUGGUGGAGGCUUCUGGAGACGACAUCGGCCCAAGCGCCAGGCCGUGCCCGUGCCCAUCAAGAAGAAGCUCUUCAGUUUAUCCGCUGAGGAAACCAUGACCGGUAACACGGGCAACGGAGGUUCUCUCACGUGCACUGCUAGAACACCCUCUAACGAAGGGUUCAACACCUCAAAGGGACCUGACGGUUCCAACGGAACAACAGAUGCCUCUCCAACGAAAAGAGUUUGGACGGGGAGUGGACGCCUUGGUCGGGGCUCGUUUUCCCGCCUCUUGAUGAAGAACCAAAAGGAUUGCAGGUCUACUCUAACGACACAAGAUGAGACUGGUGUUGCGACUGUGCAGCGCUGCUCCAGCUCCGAAUCUAUUCGACCCUUCUCCCAGUACGGUCUGUUCGUGGUGAUGGAGCUGAUGGAGAGCGGGGAUUUGGCCUCGUAUUUACGUAAGCUUGGUGACAGUGGUAUUGGCUUUGUGAAGCCCGCGCAAGCUUACCUCUGGGCCGUUCAAAUCGCUGAUGGAAUGGCUUAUUUGGAAAGAAAAAAAUACGUCCAUCGUGACUUGGCGGCCCGAAAUUGCCUGGUGGAUGGGCGAGGCGUGGUAAAGGUGGGUGAUUUCGGCCUGUGUCGGGACAUUUACGAGAGGAAUUACUAUCACAAGGUGGGCGCGGGCAAGCUACCUGUGCGGUGGAUGGCGCCGGAGUCACUGCAGUCUGCAUACUUUACCUCCCGCUCUGACGUGUGGUCAUUCGGUGUGGUUUUGUGGGAGAUCGCAACAAUGGCGUGUUUGCCCUACCAGGGCAUGUCGCACAAUGAAGUGAUCUCCUACGUCCUUGACGGCAACACUCUCGUCUCCAGUGGUGCUCCAAUCAACUGCCCUCCCCUACUACAAUCGGUGAUGCUUUACUGCUGGUCCUACCGUCCCGCUCAGCGGCCCACCUUUCUGCACCUCCUCUAUCUCCUUGCACCUCGAUUCGCUGACGCCGAUUUCCGCCAAGCAAGCUACUUCUACGUGGGCGAUACCUUCACCCAGCAGCCGCCACCGUGUCAAGACUUCGAGAAGUCUACCUCCAGCUCGGCAAUCGCUACGACCGCCCCCGCCACCGGCUUUGCUGACCUUCCUAGUCUCAUCAAAACCGUCCUCGGACCGCCCCACGGUGCUGGUGGCUCAGGGGGUAGCAACAGCCUGUCCGAGGACUCUCCGUACCCCGCCGUCGCCGUUUGUACCGCCUCCACCUCGCAUUCCCACAAUCCCUCCUACCUUGUGAAUGAGCAGUCGGUAGAGCGGUCACAGCGACGGCAGCAUCAGAAGCUUGAAGAUAGAGAUGCUGCUGGCGAUGGCUGCUCUCUGGAUGACGGUGAUGGGUCGUCUUGUUGA